UUCAUUCUUCAGUCCAAAUCGCAUUCUGAAGUCCUUCAAUUUAUACAUUUCUAUAGCUUCUCGGCGCAAUCCCGGCCUAUAGAGAUGCCGACCGUCGCUGGGCGCCGCUCAUCUCGGGCGGAAGAUCCGAGAGCUGAGAUUGGUAUCGCCGCUACUCCUAAAAAAGGCCGAUUGAGAUCAGAUAAUGGUCUAACCGAAUCGCCGAUGCGUAAAUCUCCUCGGUUCUGCAAUCAAAGCAGCCCUAAUAGUCCGGUGAAAGUUAAUGUUGAGAAAUGCGUGAAGACCUUGAAGAAUUUCAGUAGAUCAGCACAAGAACAGAAAUUAUCUGAGAAUCUUCUGGAGAAACCGAUUUGGGAUCCAAGAGAUGUGGAGCAAUUGAGAGCGGUUAAGGAGGCACUACAUGUUUCCACAGCCCCAACAACUGUUGUUUGCCGUGAAGAUGAGCAGAACAGGAUCUUAGAUUUCUGCAAGAAGUGCACCCAACAAGAGAAGUCUGGGAGUUUAUAUGUGUGUGGUUGUCCGGGAACUGGAAAGUCAUUGUCAAUGGAAAAAGUAAAAGAGAUCCUUGUGAAUUGGGCAAAUGAGGAAGAUAUACAGCCGCCAGAUAUAUUAACCAUCAAUUGCACUUCUCUGACCAACACGACAGAGAUUUUCAGCAAGAUUCUCGGACAAAGUCAUCCACAAAAGAAACCUGAUCGAUCUUCAUCCUCUUUACAAGUUCUUCGCAAUAUGUAUUCUCAGAAGCACCUACCUGGUACGAAAAUGAUAUUAGUUAUUGCUGAUGAGUUGGAUUAUUUGAUUACAAAAGACCGUGCUGUGCUUCAUGAUCUUUUCAUGCUAACAACAAUGCCAUUCUCAAAGUGUAUUUUGCUAGGUAUUGCUAAUGCAAUUGACUUAGCUGAUAGAUUUAUCCCGAAACUGCAAUCCUUAAAUUGCAAACCUAUGGUGAUAACAUUUCGUGCCUACUCCAAGGAUCAAAUCAUCACAAUUCUUCAAGAGAGGCUGAGGGAGCUUCCAUAUUCAGUCUUCCAGCCACAAGCAUUGGAACUCUGUGCUAGGAGAGUUGCUGCAGCAUCUGGAGAUAUGAGGAAGGCUCUCUCAGUUUGCAGGAGUGCAAUCGAGAUGCUAGAAGCUGAAAGAAGAGAUGCUAUAAGCAACUUGAGUUUGUCAUUGUUAGAGAGGAUCGAGGAUCAACAGAAACCUGCUGCUUGUGGUACAGUGAAAAAUCAAUUAAAUAACAUGGUGAGAAUAGAUCAUGUUGCUGCUGCAUUAUCAAAAACGUUCAAAUCACCAGUGGUAGACACUAUUCAGUCUCUGCCACAACAUCAACAGAUCAUACUAUGCUCUGCUGUGAAACUUUUCCGAGGGGGAAAGAAAGAUACAACUAUUGGCGAGUUGAACAAAUUUUAUGUGGAUGUAUGUAAAUCGACUCUAAUUCCACCAGUUGGCAUUGUGGAACUUGCAAGUAUGUGUAGAGUCCUAGAUGACCAGGGUAUUCUCAAACUAGGACAAUCACGAGAGGAAAAACUAAAAAGAGUUGCACUGAAGGUAGAUGGAGCAGACAUCGCUUUUGCACUGCAGGGUAUUCGUUUCUUUCGGAACUGUCUGCAAUGAUUUUGGUGUGUCAUUCUGCCGAAGCUAAGCUGAGGAGAUAGAGUUAGUAAACCACAUAAUUUACACAUGGACCAGCGUAGCAAGACGACAGAUAACAUCCACAAUGUGGAGUUGCUAACCAAUGGCUGUAAGUGGAAGAAUUAAACAGUCAGUACCUCUGAAGCAAUAUGCAUCUCAAAAUUAGACCGAGAUGCGUGGAUGAAUCGAAGAGUAUGCCUUGCACUGAGUUGCCUUCGGAAGGACA